AUGGAUUCCCAUUCAUGUAAAUUUUGGUGGGGGAAAACCCUUGACCCAAAAGAUAGAAAACUUCAUCUUUUGGGUUGGGAUAUUCUUUGUUCUCCUAAGCCUGAAGGAGGUCUUGGUUUCAGGAAAUCUGAACUCAUUAAUCUUGCUAUGUUAGCUAUAAAUGCUUGGAGGAUUAUUGAGAACCCUGAUUGCCUGUUAUCCAUUACCUUUAAAGCUAGAUAUUUUCCCAGAACAGGUUUCUUAAAUGCUAAGUGUCCUGCUAACUGUUCUUGGACCUGGAAACGCCUUCAUGCUAUAAAGGAACUCAUUAAACCCUUUAUCACCUAG